AUGUCUGACAAAUGUCGGCCGGGCGCCUGCCAUUUGGAGCCGACCUUGAAGGUGAGGUUGAUCUCCGGCAGCAUGGCCAUGGAACUCCCGAGAGGUUCUGCGACGUCCGUCCUGGACUUGAAAAGGCAACUGGCGAGAGAGCUGCGCUGGCCACGUUUCAAGCUGAGGCUCAUGCUUGGCAAAGAGGAGUUAAAGGAUGAGGCAUUUGAGAAGCGGCCCCUGCAGUCCAUGGAUGUGACGGUCGUCUUCCUGGAAUUCCCAGGUCUAGUCCAUGAUUACAAUGCGGCCUUCUUGUCUGCCGUCGCCUCGCAAGACAUGGUUUCAGUCGAGGACCUACUGGGCAAGGCCCAAGAUCCGAACUGCUUCUUCUCCCAGUUUUCGGACUCAGAUUUCUCCGGCUUCACUGCCCUGACGGCUGCCAGCUGCCUUGGAAACUUGGAACUUGUAGGCCUGCUUCAACAGGCUAGGGCUUACCUUGACUCCCUGGACAUGCGUGGUUUUUCGGCACUGCAGAUUGCCGUCAGGGAGAACCAUCCGAGCAUUGUGGAGCUCCUCCUAGAGUCCAGGGCAAACGUAAACCAAAACGUUGCUCGGGGCACCGCUUUGCUAGAAGCCGCCAGUCAGGGUCGGCUGGAAGCCGCCCAGCUUCUUCUCAACGCUGGGGCCGAUAAGGAUAUGGGCGACUCUGAAGGAAGAAGCCCGCUCUUGGAGGCCGCCACUGCUGGACAUGCAGAGCUGGUGAAGCUACUUCUGCAUGCUCGCGCUAAUGUAGAUGAGGGCAACUGCUGGGGGAACCACUCCGUGCUUGCAGCCGCAUCUUCUGGAAAACUGGACAUCCUGCAAAGUCUUAUCGCUGCCAAGGCUUCCCUGAAUGAGGCAGACAUUUCCGGACGCACACCCUUGACUGCCGCCAUUGCUGCCAACCGCCCGGACGUUGUGCAGCUCUUGGUGCAUGCCAGGGCAGACGUUGACAACAUGUACUACGGUUGGGCCGAUAUACCCCUUCAUGCUGCAGCAGCAACAGGGCGAUUGGAAGUGGUGCGUUUGCUUCUGCGCGCCCACGCGGAUGUGAAUGCAUCUGGGAGCCGGGAUCGUAUCCCCUUGAUCUCGGCUGCUGCUCGCGGCUUCCCUGACGUGGUGCGCCUACUUCUGGAGGUGCAUGCUCCCCAAGGGCCUCGGAUAUUGGUGGCACACAUGCACGCGCAGCAAGAACUGUUUUCGAGCAUUUGCAGCAUUACCCGUCCUAUUGCUGCUCCGGCCUGA